UUCAGGCAAAUCGUAAGAAGGGUUUGGCUCUGACAUGGGCAUCCCCGUCAAGAAAUUCUCUUCUUAUACGGUCCAGUCUCCUUGACAGCAGCAAUGCCACCGUCCUUGAAGCCGCGGCCAAGCACACCCUUAUCCAUAUGUGCACUAUCCUACAGUUGAGCAGAUUUUCAUGGACAUGUGUGCAAGGCUGCAGCCUGCAGCCUGCAGCUUGGCUAUUAAAGGACAGAGAUGGGAAUUAUAAUGCAGUGCAUUUGGUAACUAUUAAUGCAAUCUUGCAGAAGAUUCUGGUUGAGAACAAAUGUACUGUAACAGGAAACAUGGUGUCCAGCAAUCUUUCAUCACAGCUUGGACGUGAUUACUGAGCAAGUAAUACGUUAGCUACAACUACUAACCAUUGAUAAAUCCUACCUACCUCAUGGCUUUUAUACACGUCCUUUUGCUUGAAGAAUAUAAUCCAACAAACUGUCUCUAUGUUCAUGGCUAAUGCUUUAUCUACGAAAGCACACUUGAAGAAUAGCAUCUUUGCAGGUGGGAACUCAGAUAGAACCCGCAAAAUACAUUUGGCAGGUCUGAAGAACAUGUGAAAGGUGGAUACAUUCAUCAAAAGUGGAAUGGUGGUGGGAUUAGGAUCUGGCCUUGCUUCUCACAUGGCUAUACAAUAUUUGGGUCGCCAACUUCGUUUAGGCACCAUAAAGGAUAUAGUAGGGAUUUCCAUAUCUGUCGGUAGUGCCAGUGAAGCAGCAAAGGCAGGAAUUCCUUUGGAUCACUACCAAGAUAAUUCUCAAGUUGAUUUUGCAUUCAAUGAUGCUGAUAUUAUUGAAGAAGGAACUCUUAUUUCAGUUAUUGGGCGCAGAAGGUUGCAAGGGGAGGAAUCUAUAAUUCAGGAGAAGACAGUACUCAAAGCAGCUAAGAAGCUUGUAUUUAUGGUUACAGAGAAACAGUACAAAGGUGGUCUAGACGGAUCAAUUCCAGUUUUAGUUAAUUCUUACAACUGGCUGGAAACUGCUGAAGAGAUUGAUGAUCUGUUUCUAGGCGAUGCUGAGGUGUGGAGGAGACCAGCUAUAGGGUAUGCAGGUCCAAUGGGGGGCGACUUCCCACUAAUUACCAAAGAAGGGCAUAACGUUCUUGAUCUUAUAUUUACAUCACCGAUACUAAACCUUGCUGAAGUAGCUACAAGUCUUGAUAAUAUAAAUGGGGUUGUAGACCAUGGAGUCGUCUUAAAGAUCCCAUGCACAGCAGUUGUUGCUUCGGAGGAUGGCGCGUACAUUGUUGAGAAUCCACCCAAGAACGUGGAGACCAGAAUUUAGGCAAAAGCAGAGAUGGUUUUAGGCUUCCAGUUUUGUUAGAAAGUUCUUCUGGUACAAGCUUGGGUAGAUUCGUACUAGUGACUUAAUAACAUCUUUGAGGGUUGUUAGGGCGUCUUGAGCA